CCACAAUUGCAUGUAAUUUAUUAAUGUGAACAAUCAACAGCCUUACAUCGUGUACAUGGGAGAAAAGCCAAGAGAAUCCGUUGGCAUGCCACUAUUAGCUCAUUCAGAACUGCUCCAGAAAGCAAUUGGAUUAAGGUCGUCGAACCGACUUAUAUAUAGUUACACCAAGAGUUUUCUUGGCUUCGCCGCUAUGCUAUCUGAUGAAGAAGCAAGGAAGUUAUCUGGCAUGGAAGAAUUGGUUUCUGUGUUCCCAAGCAAGCAAAGACAACUUCACACGACAAGAUCUUGGAACUUCAUGGGUUUUCCGUUGAGCGCUCCACGUGCACCCUUUGAGUCAGAUGUUAUUGUCGGGGUGAUCGACACAGGGAUCUGGCCUGAGUCGAAGAGCUUCGAUGAUGCAGGCUUUGGCCCGCCACCAAGUAGGUGGAAGGGCAUAUGUCAGUCAAAUCACAACUUCACAUGCAACAAUAAAAUCAUUGGAGCUCGAUACUACCACCUUCAAGGCAACAUAAGAGAAAUGGACAUACCCUCUCCUCGGGAUAGUGAUGGGCACGGAACUCACACAUCCUCCAUAGUCGUCGGUCGCCUUGUCACAAAUGCAAGCCUCGCAGGCAUUGCAAGUGGAACUGCCCGUGGAGGCGUCCCCUCUGCGAGAAUUGCAAUAUACAAAGUUUGUUGGAGUGAUGGCUGCUCUGACAUUGAUCUACUCACUGCCUUUGAAGAUGCCAUCCAAGAUGGUGUCGACAUCAUCUCUAUUUCCAUUGGUGGUUAUUCCAAUAGCUACUUCCAGGAUCCCAUAGCUAUAGGAUCUUUCCAUGCAAUGAAGAAAAACAUUCUGACAUCUAGCUCAAUGGGGAAUGGUGGUCUUAGUUUUUAUUCCAUUGAGAAUUACGCACCAUGGCUACUCUCAGUGGCAGCGAGCACCACUGAUCGCAAUAUCAUUGCACGAGCUAAGCUUGGAAAUGGAGUUGAAUUUGAUGGGAAGGCAAUGAACAUCGAUGGUUUGGAUGGUGAGAUGUAUCCUUUGAUAUAUGCCGGAAAUGCACCCAACAUUUCAGCAGGUCAUGAUGCAAGAUACUCAAGAUAUUGCUAUGAUGGGACGUUGGAUGGUGAAUUGGUGAAUGGAAAAGUUGUUUUAUGUGAUGCGUUUACUGACGCGUCAGUGCCACUACUUGUAGGUGCUGUUGGAGUAAUUAUGGGCAAAGAUGGGGCCUAUGAUCCAACUGUUGAGAACUUCUUGCUUCCUGUCUCAGUGUUGGAUUCAAAUAGUACCAAACAAGUUCUAAAUUAUGCAAACAGCACAAGCAAUCCUACUGCAAGCAUUUACAAGAGUGAAGGUGUCUUCGAUGCUACAGCACCAUAUGUGGCUUCAUUCUCAUCACGCGGUCCAAAUCCACUUACCCCAAAUAUACUAAAGCCGGACCUAACAGCACCAGGGGUUGAAAUUUUAGCAGCAUGGUCACCACUUGGUAAUCCUAAAGUUUCAUAUAACAUUAUAUCUGGCACAUCAAUUGCUUGCCCUCAUACAACAGGUGCUGCUGCAUAUGUCAAAUCAUUUAAUCCAACUUGGUCUCCAGCAGCCAUAAAAUCUGCUCUCAUCACCACUGCCUAUGCUAUGAGCUCAAGUAGAAAUGUAGAGGCAGAACUUGCUUAUGGAGCCGGUCACAUAAACCCACUUGCUGCAUUGACUCCUGGUCUUAUAUAUGAUGCUCAAGAGAUAGACUACAUCAAAAUGCUAUGUGGUGAAGGCUAUUUCACAACAACGCUAAGACUUGUCACUGGAGAUCAGAGCAGUUGUACCUCUUCAAAUAAUGGAACGGUUUUAGAUCUCAAUUAUCCUACCUUUGCUUUUCAAACUCAACAUGGAAAGUCUUUUUCAACUUCUUAUCGAAGAAUAGUCACUAACGUGGGAGCGCCAAAUUCCACUUACUAUGCUAUUGUUAAUGCUCCUUCUAGCCUCAAGAUCAACAUUGAGCCGAAUGUUUUGUCUUUUGAAGCUCUUCUCGAGAAGAAAUCAUUUUCAGUCAAACUUGAAGGAGAUGCUUAUGACACCAUUAUCUCGGGUGUUUUGAUCUGGAGUGAUGGUAUUCAUAAUGUCAGAAGUCCAAUUGUUGUGUAUACUAGCUAA